CAUAGUGCCGAGCGUCAGUCUGACUCCGUGGAUUCGAACCUUUAACUUCAGACACUAUAUAUAUAUAUAUAUGUAUAUAUAUAUAUUUUUUUUUUUUAUAUAUUUUUUUUUAAUCCACUAAUAGAUUUUGAUUUUAGAAGUUUUGUUUGGGUAUGUUGUUUGUUUCCGUCAUGCCUGGCCGUCUUGUCCUGGUGGUGACGGCCCUGCUCUGUUGUGCAGGUAUGAGCCUUAAAGGAGAAGCAUCGACCGACAUAUCAGUGAAGAUCCUCACCUUUGUUGGCCAAACGGCCAUCCUUCCCUGCCAAAUCAGCGUCGGUGAUAACGAAGACGUCCCAUCAUUAGAGUGGUCCAAGGAAGGUCUGAAGCCGGACAUCGCCUUCCUGUAUCGGGGAGGCAGUGAGACCUUCGAGGAGAAGAAUGAGGUCUUCCAUUUCCGGACCAACCUCUUCGAGAAUGAACUGAAAAACGGAAACUUGUCGCUGAGGCUUUCUAACGUGCGGCUGUCUGAUACAGGAACAUACAAAUGCAGGAGGAUGAUGUCGGGGCCCAAGCACGUCAGUACAGUAGAGCUCUCUGUGGGUGCAGUUUCUGAGCCAAAACUCUUCGUGGUUCCAGGUGUUGGAGUGACUCUGCAAUGUGAAGUGAGCUGCUGGUUCCCGCAGCCUGAGAUUACAUUUCUUGAUGCUCAGGGAAACGUCAUCAGCGCUGAAAACCCAAAGAGUUAUCCAGAUUCCAGUCGAUGUGUCAUCGUCACAAGGAGAGCCACUGUGCAGGCUGGCGACAGGUUCACCUGCAGAGUUAACCAGUCUGAGAUAAACCAGACGAGGGACACUGAGAUUUACAUACCAGAUAACUGCAUGAGAUCCGACACUACAACCAUCAUCCUUGCUGUUGUCGUAUUCAUUCUAAUCGCAAUAAUUGCAUUUCUUUGCAAGUCAUUGUAUUGCAACUCUGAAGGGGUAAUUAAAUUGCUUUCCAGGCUAUCAUGCCAAAGUUCAAAACGCAGCAAUGCAGAAGGUCAAAAUCCGAGUAACCAGGCUGUCCCCAUCGAAAAUGCCACCACUGAGCAUCACAGAAAAGUCGAUGAACUGGAGAGGACCCUGGGUGACAAAGAGGAGAUCAUCCGCAGACUUAAUGAAGAGCUUAAUGACCUCAGAUCUAAGCAGAGUCCUGUUGUUUGCCAGCCUAUUAACCGCCCUCAAGACCAGCUUCCCCAAGACGACAAACCAACAGCCUCAACCAUCAGCAAGCGUCCAGAAUCUGGCAACUUCUUCCAGAACAAAGAUUCAAACCCUAAGGGAACGCAUGUUGUCCGUUCAAUGAGUGUGUCAGAUUCUCGGCCUCGUUUAAACGGCGCCAAGUUCGAACGUAGAUCCACCAUCUCAGCCCCGUCAAGUAACCGCUUCAGUGUUCUGGCAAAUUUAACGGAAGAUGAGGUGCCGUUGAUGCAAUAGAGAACAAUUGAUGAUUGC